UGGCGGGCCCGGUUGACUUGGGACUGGGAGGCACCGUGGGGCUUUUACGCGGCGGGGAUGGAAGGCGGCGACCCCGGCGACCCCGGCCCCGCGAUCCCGGCGGCGGCGGCGGCGAAUGUGUUCUCUCUGGCGGGCCUUGGAGCCGCCUUGGGGACCGUGCCGGAAGCGCCGGAUCCCGCCUCUUUGGGCUACCUCCAGCUGCCGUGGCAGGGCGAGCACCGCGUGUGCAAGAUUAUCGGUCGCCACCGCCGGGCCGCCCGGCUGCACCGCAAGUCGGGGCCCAUGGGCAAGGAGAUCCACGCUUUGAAAAGAUUGAGAGAAGCUGCCAAUUCCAAUGAUUUGGAAACAGUGCAGCAACUUCUGGACGAUGGGGCAGACCCCUGCGCGGCAGAUGACAAAGGCCGAACAGCACUGCACUUCGCUUCCUGCAACGGAAACAACCAUAUUGUACAGUUGCUUUUGGACCACGGAGCUGAUCCAAACCAGAGAGAUGGACUGGGGAACACUCCUCUGCAUUUAGCUGCCUGCACGAACCAUGUUCCUGUCAUCACCACACUGCUCCGUGGAGGAGCCCGGGUAGAUGCUUUGGAUCGAGCUGGAAGGACUCCUCUGCAUCUGGCCAAAUCCAAGCUAAACAUAUUACAAGAGGGCCUCUCACAGAGCCUAGAAGCUGUGCGUCUCGAAGUGAAGCAGAUCAUCCAGAUGUUGCGGGAGUACCUUGACCGCCUUGGGCGUCACGAACAGCGUGAACAGCUGGAUGACCUUUGCACAAAGCUACAGAUGACUAGUACAAAGGAGCAGGUGGAUGAAGUGACUGACCUUCUGGCCAGCUUCACCUCGCUCAGCCUGCAGAAGCAAAAGAUUGAAAAGAGGUAAUGGAUGUCUUGCCGUCCAGUUGAUCAAAGGAAGAGCAGCUAAGACCCAUUGGCAAGAUUAAAGAAGCCUGCUCCUGCAUCACGUUUCAGCAGGCCUCUUCCUUCUGGAUCGGUGCCAGACUGUUGGAGUCUGUCAGUGCUUUGGACGCUUCUUUUAGGACAAGAGAGAAUCAUGAAGAGGCCUCCGGUCUUGGGGCCAGUGGACUAGCUUUUCUCCAUCUUAUAGGUAUCUGGACCAUUGCUUUAGUAAAUGGGAUCAAUGUGUUGGAGAGCUGCCCCAUUUUAAGGACACUGACCAUUUGUAAGGACCUGGCAGAUGGGAAAUCCAACAUGCGUUAUGCACAUUUGAAGAGAUGACAGCUCUUGAGCACAUCAUGGCACAUCGCUUGUCUGCAGUUUGAAUUUUUCCUGGUAUUUAAGCACAUAAUUUGCUGAGCAUUUGUAGAAAUGGUGAGAGGCUCUGUAGCUCUCAUUUUUUUAAAUGGGUGUGUGUAUAUUUUAACCUGAGAAAGGGCUGCUGGGCCAGCAAAACUAACUGUGCCCAUUGCUGAGAUACAAAAGUGAGCAUUAAUUUCCUGACGUUCCCACCCUAUCCCACCCCUGCUGCAGCAACAGACGAGGCAAAGACUUUGACAGAGUUCUUCGGUGACUUGGUGGCUAUAUCUCCUUUCCCACAUUUUGUCUCACAAGCAGAAACCAGUAGCUAAGGUAGUCAUAAAAGGAGAACUCUACCAGAGGCUGUGCUGGCUUUUCAUACUCAGGGAAUAGGGAAAGAUUAUUAAAGAGGUCUCCAGCACUAUCUGUCUGCUUGCAUAGAAAAAAGUAGCUGUUAUAUUACAUUGGGAUUCCUUGGGGUUGGGACUUGUUGGGAAUCCCAUUAGGCUAGAUUGCAAGGAAUCCCUGAAUUACUAGUUGCAUAUUUCUCAUCUUUACCCUCUUCUUACAGCAUACGGUUAAGGUUGGUCUCUCAGUCUUUGUUCCUUGUUUAGGUAAUCUAUCUGUUCCAGAAAACAGGUGGAUAUAAAAUUCCAAGCUGUUGUUGCUUUCUGCAAGAACAUGGGCCCAAUUUAGCUGUGGCAGCAAGCCAAUGUCUACCAAAUUUAAAUAUAAUGAAAAAUCAUGAGUUUUUAAAAUUGGGGAUGAAAGCUUUAAAUCUCCUCCUUCCAUGCAGGAAGGAAGGAUGAAGGCAAGCCCAGGGUUCUUGUUACAAAUAACAAGCCAAGAUUUGUUGCUGCAUCAAACCAGGAUCUGUCACAAUGAAGACCACGAAGGGUAUGCUACUGUGAGCGAGGAUGGUGGGAGGUGAUUUGAAUUUUUAGAUUGUAGAUUUCCAUAAAAUAUUGUCUAGUUUUCAGGAUGUCUUUGGACAAUUCAACCUGUUUGCCAUUCAUUUGCUCCCCCCCCCCCCCCCCGUCUUGUUCUUGUUCCUUGUCUGAUAUGGGUGAGCAACUGGCCUUCUGGAAGUUCGUUGGACACCAUGAGCCUAUUUACACUAUGAGAGGCAGAGGAUUCUUCCAAGGCAAAGAUACAGUUGUUGAGUUAUUCCAGCCCAUCAUACUAAAAGUCCUCAAGAAUUCUAUUGCCUCAGAGCAACAAAUUUUGACUUCAGGCAACCCAUGAAGAGGAGCAGGCAGGGAGAGGCUUUAUUUAGCAAAUCCUUUUCAAGGGCUUGGUGCUCCUUCUGGUGCAAGACUGAAAUCCCAGGGCUGUGUUAAGACCUUGAGACAAGUAGGUUAUUGUGACUUUUCAAAAGGAAUUGUUGCUUUUGUAGCAGAUGAGAAUAAGUGGAUUCCUAUCUUCUGAUAGAAGACAAAAUCCUCGAUGUAAUGAUCCAAACAGCUUUGAUAGGCGGACUUUGGUUGGGGAAGGAAGAUUAGAGCCAAGUUGACUCUGACCUUAUCGGAUCUCUUGUGAAGAAGGCCAAGAACUUUAUUCCAGCACGUAAGCAGGGUCAGAGGCAAUUUGAACUUUUCUGCUGUAAAUUCAAUAAAAUGAUGUCUGCUUUCAGGAUGUCUUUGGACAAUCCUGCCUGCUAUUGCCUUGCCUUGCCUUCCUCCUCUUCCUCUUGUUUCCUGUCGUGUAUCUGCCUGGGGCCUAGAGAUGAACUCAGUGGUUUUUUCACUUGAACAAACAGCACUGAAAUAAAGGAUGACAGCAUCUCAUGGCCUUGAGCUUCCAGGCCAAGAGAAGCCUGUAGACCCGAAUGCAAUUUGCUGCUUUUCUCUUGUGACAGUGCCUUGGAUUCCAUCGUUGCAAACUCCUGCCUUGUCAAGGACUCUAUAAAAAUCAGUGUCUCUUCGUUACCCCCUGCUAGUUUACUGGCAGCAGCUUACGCACACGAUACCUGGGAAACAGAGUGGCUGUCCAACUAAAUCAGAUUCUCCGUGUUGAGUUCCUUUGGUGUGCAGCGGGCAAAAGCAUUCAUUUCUAUUUGGAGAAAUAGUGAAGUCGGAGGUGGGGGCACUGUCUUCAUACUGAAAUGGUUGGCCAGGUUGUAAGAAGCGAGAAAGGGCAACAUGUAGUAACAGCCUGUUCUGAGACUCAAAGUAGAAGAUGUCUCGUGUAGGUGUUUCUUUGGGGGGGGGGGAGUUCCAGUAAGCACGUUUUAACAUUCUGAAAGCUUACUGGAAUUUCUUACAUGUUGCUGAAGUAUGAAAGUGGCAAAAUGAGAGAGAUAGGUUGCUGCUUAGGAUACCUGACCCCCUCCUGAGAAUUCAUAAGAUGCAUACAGAUGGGAGCUGCAUAAACCAUGGAAGCACAGAGCCUGGUUCAGGGAUGGGCAAGUGUUGAAAUACUGCAGUGGGAGGAGAGCUGGUUGCUUCUCUUCGUCUUACAGGCAACCGUCUCUGUGAACAGGAUUCUCCCCUCCAAUUUAUCAUCCCAAAGCUUUGCAGCUGUCACCCUGCCAUUGUGAACAUUUAGUGGGGAAAGGAGACAAUCAUAUGAAUGAGGCCUUGGUAGUUUUCAGCUUGCUUAGUAGGAUGAGAGCCUGUGGGCAGAGUGGUUUAUUAGAUAAAUUUACAUGAUUACUCUUAUGAUAUGUAUAAAGGGGCACAUGUGGCUCUCCUCUUCAUUACUUUAGCCUCAGGCCUUUCACCAAUAGGAUUGCGCAAGGCGAUGGAAAUUGGCAGCGUUCCGUAGCCGCAGGGGCACCCUGUCCAAACUGGAUUGUCAUUUGACCUGGAGCAGUUCAAUUAAUAAUAAAAUGUCUUAAAUUGA